GCGGAAUCCCCUCCCUAUGUUCCCAUUCCCUCAACCCUCUAUCGGCGUCUUCCGUCGUCGACACUCCUCUCCGACUGCUGCUUUAUAUUUGCCCACCGCGAUGCGCUCCCGGCGACGCAGUGUCUGUCAAGUUCUCCCCAUCUCCCCAUCUCCUCGACACCGACAACGCCCGAUGCGACGCGCCCACAGCGCUGAAGGCCGUCGUACAAGAACAAUCACAGCUACAUCGCAGAACACAGGACCAGCCGGCACCCAGAAGAGUCUCUGUCAGCGAGGUAUGUGGGCAAUGCAGUCAGACGAGAACAGAGACGAGACGUUCCGAGCCACAGUGACAGCAUGCCCGACCGUGUUCAUGCACAAGACAGAUCCACCAGAGAUAGUCAGAAGCCCAGGUCGAGUUCGAGGUCUGAGCACGUAGCCAUCGUAUGCCACGGCACAUCCCCAGGAAGCGGAGAUGGCUGUGCAUGAGCAGAUGCCAGCAGUUCCGGAGGUUAGGAGGAGACCGAGGCCGGGUUGAGAUUGGUGUCGAGGAGUCGGUGAGUUUCAGAGCGCAUGGCGGCAGGUUUCCCAGGAGGAGAGACAGAAGACCAGAGCCUAGAGGCACAACAAAGAUGUGACGGAGUAGGGCGCGGCGCGAUCGCGGCAGAGCGCAUGAGUGCACGGUGAAAGUCGCCGUGCCGUGGGCGGAUGACCUGGGCGUGUUCUCGAGUUGCACACCGCAUCAGCCGGCGUGAGCGGCGCACACACUGCCGCUUUCGCGUGCACACCGCGUAGAGAGGGCGCAGACGGGGGCGCAUAGGACACCGCCGCUCGAGUGCACCGUGGAUACUAUGCCAAAGGGAGCGUAUGCGUGUCGUUCUCACGCUCGACACGAUCGUAUUCGCUCAGGGCCGCGUGCGUCGAGCGAGAGCGAGGACAACGCCGCGUCAAAAAGUGCCGUAUCAUAGGCCGGCCGCGGUAGGAGGACGGCGCGAACGCCGUUUUGGCAUGGCUCGCGACAAGGGCGGGCUGAAAAGCGAGAAUACGCGACGCGGGCGCGUCAGCAGAGACGCGUCAAGCGCACACCACAUCAGGAGGCGUGAGAUGCAGUCUUGGUAUUGCUGGUCAAUGUGGCCAGGCUGUCAAGGGCGCCGGCGAACGGCGAAGUGGACGGAAGACGGGAAAGCGCGAGCAGGCAGAGUGCUGGCAGCGACUGUUGACGAGAGAGUCCGCGCUGUCGGCAAUCGGCAGUUUGCACAGGGGAGUCGAGACCGCGGGCCAAGCAAGAGGCAGAAGCGAGGGGAGACGAAGGUGGGGUGGUGGCGGUGCAGGAGAGAGCCAGGAUUGCAAAGGGCCGCCGCGGGCGGGCGAAGUGACUUUCGAGUCUCGGGCGCCAAAAUCGGCGCCGUGCUCUUCUUGCCUCCCGCCACCAUGCCGUGGCCUCACGCACGAAACACACUGCCGCGGAGGAGCAUCCCGACACCUGGGACCGUCUAGGACGCACCACAUAUGACCUGGGCGACACCGCAUACCACUGGACUGCUCGACUGGAACUCCGGCUGCCCGGGAGCUCGGCUUCUCCCCGGGAGCUCGUUACUUACUUGGAGAUCACGACGACGACGCGUCGACAAGGUGCGUACUUUCUUGUACAUCACUGAAGUAGCCGUUUGUUCCGCAGUGGGAUAUGCGAUCGUCCGAAGAGGCUCGCAGAGCACUCAAUGAGUGCCGCUGUUCCAACGCUCACCGAGCUCGUAUGCCGGGCUGUAUCUACAUGGUAUCGAAGAUCGCAGUGGGCACACUCGUGUGUGCGCCGCGCGGCGACGGUGCAAUCGGGACCCCCACCGUCUGGAAGCUCGCCAAGCUUCUGAGGCUCGCGGACUACUUAACGAGUACCGCCGAGUGGAAGCUCACCGAUCUCUAUCUCGGAGUGUCUCAACAGGCUAUCGAAGGUACCCACACGCGCUCGUAUGCUUCACAGAUGCGUCUACUUGCUAGUGCUUUGCAGGCCGCUGUGGGCACGCUUGCGCAGGUGCGACGGGGUAACAGCGCGGUCCAGACUCGCAGCGUGCGAAGAACAUCGAUUUGGCGCGUACGUCGCGAGGCUCGCCGAUCUCAGAGGGCCGCGUACCGAAUUCUGACCACACGCACCGGGCGGAAGGGUACCAGCUGCGCCGGAACGGCGGCCAGCAGUCAAGCCCAGACCGCGCGAGCGGACCUGUGUCGAGUGCGGCGAGGGCGCCAAUGCCGCGCACCCGAAUUACGCAACGUCGGCGCGCGGGAGGGCGGUACACCGAACUCGGACAACGGGCACCGGCCGGGCGGGAGAGCAGCUGCGCGGGUACGACGGCCGGGGUUCCGCAUAGCAGGCAGAUCUCGACUGCGCGAGUGGACUCGAGCCCAGAAGGAGUUGUAUGGAGACUCGAGAGCAAGCAGGAUCAGGCCACGAGCGAGAUGGCGGCCGUGUCGAGUGCCGCGAGGGCGCCAAUGUCGCGCACUCGGAUUUCGCAAUGUCGGCGCGCGGGAGGGCACGGGACAAGGCGAAGAGUGAAAGGGCGACCAUGUCGAUCGCCGCGAGGGCGCCAAUUCCGCGAACACGGAUUCCGCAAAGUCUGCGCGCGGAGAGCUCGCGCGAACGCACUUCGCAGCACGUCGCCGUUCUCGCGAGGGCGUGAAUCUCAUUGCUGGCGCGCUCGUGCAACUCGCGGCCAUGCAGCGCGCGAUUCGAGUGUCCGAGAGGUGUUCAGUGCGUAUGCCCGUUUGGAGACUCCCUCGCCUCCGCGUUUUUCGAGUUUCCGUACGCCUUCGUCGGUGGACGUGCUACGACGCGAUUCCCAGCCCUGUAGAGUCGAUACGACAUAUAUUUUUGAGCCCUCUACCCUCGAUGACUUCGCCGCCCACCCCUCUCUCCCCCACCCCUCCUCCCCCAUAGAGCCCCCUUGUCCCAUAGAACCC